GCCGGCUGCCGUGGGGGCUCUUGUUAGUGUUGUGGUAUAUGAUACACGAAUAAACCUCUCCCAACAACUCGAGUUAUUGGGACCAACUUGUUUAUGACAUGGUAUCAGAGCCUUCUGUGACCGAGAGGUCUUGUGUUCGAUUCCCGGUGACCCCCAUUUGUUAAGCACAUGGUAUUCUUGUCUUCAGACAUGUGCAAACUUCAACCCCUUGUGAGUGGCUUUCGUUUGAGGGGGCGUGUUAGUGUUGUGGUAUAUGAUCCACGAAUGAACCUCUCCCAACAACUCGAGUUAUUGGGACCAACUGGUUUAUGACAGCUCUGACCCCAAAAAUCUGGAGACUCUGGCUGGCUCACGCCGGCCUGGUACUGGAUCUUCAUCGCCAAACACCAAGGGAGAGCGAGACUACCCCCAACAAGUGAACAAACGACCUAAACCUAUGACGUCAAACCCACUCUUUGGGUCAGGUCCUGACGCCGUAUUUGAGGAUGCGGAGGACACCUCCCAAGCUAGCUCGCAAGGCUUUGGCCACACACCGUCGGCGUGGAACUCAUCGGUGGAUGGAGCACGAAAGCUGUUCAGCGAAGAAAGAAGGACUGAUAUGUGGCCGACUCGGACAUCGCCCAAGCGAUCCGCGAAGAUGGCGGGGAGGCCUCUUUUGACGAGGAAGAUGACCUUGUUGGGAAAGGAGAUUUGUUGUGAAGAGAAUUAGAAUACAAUCCAACCUGAUUUGCUUCCAAAAUCAAAAGAAAACCGCAUUUCGGAAAAAUAGCUCGAAAUCAGUGAUGGUAUUCCUUUGGAAUCCGUGCUUAAUGAACUUCAUCGUCGUUGAAGAAUACCCUCAGGGCGAAUCCGUGAUUUGUAGGCUUCAAAAUCAAAGGAAAAUGGCCUUUCGAAAAAAUAGACCAAAGAAUUAUGAAAAUUCCAUCCCAAAAUAAAUUGGUCUAAUUCUCUGCUUUAUGGACUUAAUCAUUGGUGGAGAACAUGAUCAAUAGACUUCAUUAUCGGUGGAGAAUAGCCUCGCACUGAAUCGGUCAUCUGUAGCCUCCAAAAUCAAAAGAAAAACGCAUUUCGGAAAAUUCGCCCAAAAUCUGUGAUUGUACCCCUUUGGAAUAUGCCAAAAAAGGACCCAGAAGAAAUCUGACCAAAUCCGUUCUUAAUAGACGUUAUCGUCGUUGAAGAAUAUCCUAAGGCCGAAUCCGUGAUCUGUAGCUUUCAAAAGACAAGGAAAAUGGACUUUCGAAAAAAACCGCCCAAGAAUUACGAAUAUGUCAUCCCAAAAUAAAUUGGUCCAAUUUUGUGCUUUAUGGACUUAAUCAUUGGUGGAGAAUAGGAUCAAUAAACUUCAUUAUCAAUGCAGAAUAGUCUCGGACAGAAUCUGUCAUAUGUAGCCUACAAACUCAAAAGAAAACGACAUUUCAAAAAAAUGCCCAAAAUUAUGAUGGUACCCCUUUGGAAUCUGCCAAAAAUGGACCCAAAAGAAAUCCGCCCAAAUCCGUGUUUAAUGAACUGAAUCGUCGUUGCAGAAUACCCUAAGGCCGAAUCCGUGAUCUAUAUCCUUCAAAAUCCAAGGAAAAUGGCCUUUCGAAAAAAAAUCGCGCAAAGGAUUACGAAAAUACCAUCCCAAAAUAAAUUGGUCCAAUUAGGUGCUUUAUAGACUUAAUAAUUGGUGGAGAAUAUGGUCAAUAGACUUCAUUAUCGGUGGAGAAUAUCCUCGGACUGAAUCCGUCAUAUGUAGCCUCCAAAAUCGAAAGAAAACCGCAUUUCGGAAAAAUCGCCCGAAAUCUGUGAUGGUACCCCUUUGGAAUCUGCCAAAAAUGGACCCGAAAGAAAUCAGCCCAAAUUCAUGCUUAAUGGACAAAAUCGUCGGUGAAGAAUACCCUAAGGCCGAAUCUAUGAUCUGCAGCCUUCAAAAUCCAAGAAAAAUGGACUUUUGAAAAAAAAAUCGCCCAAUAAUUACGAAUAUGCCAUCCCAAAAUAAAUUGGUCCAAUUUUAUGCUUUAUGGACUUAAUCAUUAGUGGAGAAUAAGAUCAAAAGACUUCAUUAUCAGUGGAGAAUAGCCUCUGACUGAACCCGUCAUUUGAAGCCUCCAAAAUCGAAAGAAAAUGGCUUUUCAGAAAAAUCGCCCGAAACCUGUUAUGGUACCCCUUUGGAAUCUGCCAAAAAUGUACCCGGAAAGAAUCCACCCAAAUCCUUUCUUAAUGAACUAAAUCGUCGUUGAAGAAUACCCUAAGGCCGAAUCUAUGAUCUGUAGCCUUCAAAAUCCAAGGAAAAUGGACUUUUGAAAAAAAAAUGUAAGAGAAUUACGAAUAUGCCAUCCCAAUUCUGUGCUUUAUGGACUUAAUCAUUGGUGGAGAAUAGGAUCAAUAGACUUCAUUAUCGGUGGAGAAUAGCUUCAGACUGAAUCCGUCAUCUGUAGCCUCCAAAAUCAAAAGAAAAACGCAUUUCGGAAAAAUCGCCCGAAAUCUACGAUGGUACCCCUUUGGAAUCUGCCAAAAAUGAACCCGGAAGGAAUCCGCCCAAAUCCGUGCUUAAUGAACUUAAUCGUCGUUGAAGAAUACUUUAAGGGCGAAUUUGUGAUCUGUAGCCUUCAAAAUCCAAGAAAAAUGGACUUUCGAAAAAAAACGCCCAAGAAUUACGAAAAUGUCAUCCCAAAAUAAAUUGGUCCAAUUAUGUGCUUUAUGGAAUUAAUCAUUGUCUUGAGAAUAGGAUCAAUAAACUUCAUUAUCGGUGGAGAAUAGACUCGGACUGAAUUUGUCAUAUGUAGUCUCACAAAUAAAAAGAAAACCGCAUUUCGAAAAAAUCGCCUGAAAUCUGUGAUGGUAUCCCUUUGGAAUCUGCCAAAAAUGGACCUGGAAGGAAUCUGUCCAAAUCCGUACUUAAUGAACUUAAUCAUCAUUGAAGAAACCCUAAUGCUGAAUCUAUGAUGUGUAGCCUUCAAAAUCCAAGGAAUAUGGACUUUCGAAAAAAAUGCCCAAGAAUUACGAAUAUGUCAUUCCUAAAUAAAUUGGUCCAAUUUUGUGCUUUAUGGGCUUAAUCAUUGGUGGAGAAUAGGAGCAAUAGACUUCAUUAUCAGUGGAGAAUAUCCUCGGACUGAAUCCGUCAUUUGUAGCCUCCAAAAUUGAAAUAAAACGGUAUUUCAGAAAAAUCGCUUGAAAUCUUUGACGGUACCCCAUUGGAAUCUGCCAAAAAUGGACCCGGAAGAAAUCUUCCCAAAUGUGUGCUUAAUGAACUUAAUCAUCGUUGAAAAAUACUCUAAGCCCGAAUCUGUUAUCUUUAAACUUCAAAAUCAAAAGAAAAUGACAUUUCGGGAAAAAAGCGGGCAAAGAAUUACGAAAAUAUCAUCCCAAAAAAAAUUGGUCCAAUUAUGUGCUUUAUGGACUUAAUCAUUGGUGGAGAAUAGGAUCAAUAGACUUCAUUAUCGGUGGAGAAUAGCCUCGGACUGAAUCUGUCAUCUGUAGCCUCCAAAAUCAAAAGAAAACCGCAUUUCGGAAAAAUCGCCCAAAAUCUAUGAUGGUACCCAUUUGGAAUCUGCCAAAAAUAGACCCUGAAGAAAUAUGCCCAAAUUCGUGCUUAAUGGACUUAAUCGUCCUUGGAGAAUACCCUAAGGCCGAAUCAGUGAUGUGUAGUCUUCAAAAUCCAUGGAAAAUAGACUUUCGAAAAAAAAUCGCCCAAGAAUUACGAAUAUACCAUUACACAAUAAAUUGGUCUAAUUCUGUACUUUAUGGACUUAAUUAUUAGUGGAGAAUAGGAUCAAUAGACUCAAUUAUCGGUGGAGAAAAACCUUGGACUAAAUCCGUCAUCUGUAGCCUCCAAAAUCAAAAGAAAACCGCAUUUUGGAAAAUCCCCCGAAAUCUAUAUUAGUACCCCUUUGGAAUCUGCCAAAAACGGACCCGGAAGAAAUCCCCCAAAUUCGUGCUUAAUGGACUUAAUCGCCGGUGAAGAAUACCGUAAUGUCGAAUCUGCAAUCUGUAGCCUUCAAAAUCCAAGUAAAAUGGACUUUGGAAAAAAAAUCCCUCAAGAAUUAAGAAUAUGUCAUCCUAAUAGAAAGUGGUCCAAUUCUGUGCUUUAUGGACUUGAUCAUUGGUGAGGAAUAUGAUCAAUAGAGUUCAUUAUCAGUCGAGAAUAGCCUCGGACUGAACCCUUCAUCUGUAGCCUCCAAAAUCGAAAGAAAACAAUAUUUCAGAAAAAUCGCCCGAAAUCUGUGAUGGUACCCUUUUGGUAUCUGCCAAAAAUGGACAAGGAAGAAAUCCGCCCAAAUUCGUGCUUAAUGUACUUAAUCAUCGUUGAAGAAUACCCUAAAGUCGAAUCUGUGAUAUGUAUCCUUAAUAAUCCAACGAAAAUGGCCUUUCGAAUAAAAAUCACCCAAAGGAUUACCAAAAAGCUAUCCCAAAAUAAAUUGGUCCAAUUUUGUGCUUUAUGGACUCAAUCAUUGGUGGAGAAUAGGAUCAAUAGACUUCAUUAUCGGUGGAGAAUAGCCUCGGACUCAAUCCGACAUCUGUAGCCUCAAAAAUCAAAAGAAAACGGCUUUUCAGAAAAAUCGCCUGAAAUCUGUGAUGAUACCUCUUUGGAUUCUGCCAAAAUGGACCAGGAAGAAAUCCACCCAAAUCAGUGCUUAAUGAACUUAAUCGUCGUUGAAGAAUACCCUAAGGCUGAAUCUAUGAUCAGUAGCUUUCAAAAUCCAAGGAAAAUGACAUUAAAAAAAUAAUAGAGCAAAGGAUUACGAAAAUGCAAUCCCAAAAUAAAUUGGUUCAAUUAUGUGCUUUAUGAAAUUAAUCAUUGGUGGAGAAUAAGAUCAAUAGACUUCAUUAUCGGUGGAGAAUAGCAUCAGACUGAAUCCCUCAUCCGUUGCCUCCAAAAUCAAAAGAAAACCGCAUUUCAAAAAAAAUCGUCAAUAAUCUGUGAUGGUACCAUUUGGAAUCUGCCAAAAAUGGACCCGGAAGAAAUCCGCCCAAAUUCGUUCUUAAUGUACUUAAUCGUCAUUGGAGAAUACCCUAAGGAUGAAUCUGUAAUCUAUAGCCUUCAAAAUCCAAGGAAAAUGGACUUCGAAAAAAAUCGCCCAAGAAUUACGAAUAUGCUAUCCCAAAAUAAAUUGGUUCAAUUAUGUGCUUUAUGAACUUAAUUAUUGGUGGAGAAUAGGAUCAAUAGACUUUAUUAUCGGUGGAGAAUAGUCUCGGACGGAAUCGGUCAUUAGUAGCCUCCAAGAUCAAAAGAAAACCGCAUUUCGGAAAAAUCAGCCGAAAUCUGUGAUGGUACCCGGAAUUUGCCAAAAAAUGGACCCGGAAGAAAUACGAACAAAUUCGUGCUUAAUAGACUUAAUCAACGUUGAAGAAUACCCUAAGGGAGAAUCCGUGAUCUGUAGCCUUCCAAAGCAAAGGAAAAUGGAGUUUCGAAAAAAAUCUCCAAUGAAUUACGAAUAUGCCAUCUCAAAAUAAAUUGGUCAAAUUCUGUGCUUUAUCGAUUUAAUCAUUGGUGCAGAAUAGGAUCAAUAGACUUCGUUAUCGGUGGAGAAUAGUCUCGGACGGAAUCGGUCAUUAUUAGACUCCAAGAUCAAAAGAAAACCGCAAUUCGGAAAAAUCGCCCGAAAUUUGUGAUGGUACCCAUUUGGAAUAUGCCAAAAAUGGACACGGAAGAAAUCCGAACAAAUCCGUGCUUAAUAGACUUAAUCAUCGUUGAAGAAUACCCUAAGGCUGAAUCCGUGAUCUGUAGCCUUCCAAAGCCAAGGAAAAUGGAGUUUCGAAAAAAAUCUCCAAUGAAUUAUGAAUAUGCCAUCUAAAAAUAAAUUGGUCCAAUUCUAUGUUUUAUGGAUUUAAUCAUUGGUGAAAAAUAGGAUCAAUAGACUUCAUUAUCGGUGGAGAAUAGUCUCGGACGGAAUCGGUCAUUAGUAGCCUCCAAGAUCAAAAGAAAAACGAAUUUCGGAAAAAUCGCCCGAAAUCUGUGAUGGUACCCCUUUGGAAUCUGCCAAAUAUGGACCCGAAAGAAAAUGACAUUUCGGAUAAAUCGCCCGAAAUCUGUGAUGGUACCCCUUUGGAAUCUGCCAAAAAUUGACCCCGAAUAAAUCCGCCCGAAUUGGUGCUUAAUGGACUCAAUCAUCGUUGGAGAAUAGCCUCAGGCCGAAUCCGGGAUCUGUAGCCUUCAAUAUCCAAAGAAAAUGGCCUUUCGUUGCCCAAGAAAUUACGAAAAUGCCAUUCGAAAAUAAAUUGGCCAAAAUUGAUGCUUACGGACUUAUCAUCUGCAGAGAACAGGAUCAAUAGACUUCAUUAUCGGUGGAGAAUAGCCUCGGCCUGAUUCUGUGAUUUGUAGCCUCCAGAAUCGAAAGAAAAUGGCAUUUCGGAUAAAUCGCCCGAAAUCUGUGAUGGUACCCCUUUGGAAUCUGCCAAAAAUUGACCCGGAAUAAAUCUGCCCAAAUCGGUGCUUAAUGGACUCAAUCAUUGUUGGAGAAUAUCCUCAGACCGAAUCCGUGAUCUGUAGCCUUCAAUAUCCAAAGAAAAUGGCCUUUCGUCGCCCAAGAAAUUACUAAAAUGCCAUUCGAAAAUAAAUUGGCCCAAAUCGAUGCUUAACGGACUUAUCAUCCGUGGAGAAUAGGAUCAAUAGACUUCAUUAUCGGUGGAGAAUAGCCUCGACCUGAUUCCGUGAUCUGUAGCCUCCAGAAUCGAAAGAAAAUGGCAUUGCGGAUAAAUCGCCCGAAAUCUAUGACGGUACCCCUUUGGAAUCUGGCAAAAAUUGACCCCGAAUAAAUCCGCCAAAAUCGGUGCUUAAUGGACUCAAACAUCGUUGGAGAACAGCCUUAGGCCGAAUCCGUGAUCUGUAGCCUUCAAUAUCCAAAGAAAUGUCCUUUCGUCGCCCAAGAAAUUAUGAAAAUGCCG